AUGAGUAAGAACACAUUCAUAAAGGAUUUGGAAGCAUUCCCGAAAGAUAUCAUAAUAGAAAAUGAAAGAGGGUUAACCUUUUUAGGGUAUCCAUUUUAUUCACCAAGAUUAUUGAUUCCAAGGAUUGAUCCACCACAAUUCCAAAUUUUCAUUCAUUCUACUGGUUUAUUACAAUGUGUAUCUGAUGAUAUUAUUCAAUCCUUUCAGUAUUUUUAUCCCUUAGAAUCACAGUUUGAUGAAGAAAAUGCAAUUAAAAAUGAUGAAAAAUGGUUCGUCAUGAUGGAUUUUAAAGAUAGGUAUGAUAUGGAUGAUCAAGGUUGGUGUUAUAGUUGGUCGUUUAAUAAUUCAAGAUGGAAGUCUAAAAAUGGAAUAGUAAGAAGAAGAGUUUGGGUUAAAUUGCCUUCAAAGAAAAAAUAG